AUGGCGAUUGGUCCUCUCGGAAGAAUUCUUGCUCAGUUUGUUGUGGUGGCUGGCUCGGCCGUCGGCAGGGCGUUCGUGCAGGCGUACAAAGACGCGGCGAAGCGUGGCGCCCUCAACGCGGCAAGUGCUGCGGGGCGGCAGCAGCUCUCGCUCCGUCCUAGAAUGUCGGCUGACGAGGCUCGAAGGAUCCUUGGCUUGGACGCAUCUGGCUCUUCUUCUGCGCCUCUCUGUCGGCAAGACAUUGAAGCACGGCAUAAGCGCUUGCACGAGAUCAAUGCGCCGUCGGGGCGAUUUGCCGGGUCGCCGUACCUGCAAAAGAAAGUCGACAUUGCUAAAAUAAUAUUGCUGGAAAAAAUUGCAGAAGAGAAAAAAGCAACGUCAGCUGAGGACAAGGAUACACAAAACUAG